AAUGAAGAAACAAAGAGAGGAAAAGUCUUCGGCCGCGUCCUUGGUUGCCUAGUCUACCACCCUCUCCUACCUUUCUCAUUCCUCCUCCUCGCCGAACCAAAAAUUCCUCCAAUCCUACACCUCGCUCGACUCCUCCCACGCAUCCCUCCCGUCCCUCCCGUCCCGGGCGCGCCCAGGAACCCCCGGAUCGGAGGAGGAGCCCGUCUCCGCGCUUCUUGCCGCCGAAUCUUGCGGGGUUGGCCGCUGGCAGCUCAGAUUCGGCGAGGGGGUUGGAGUUCUUGCCGGGUCAAAGGAUUUAGGGUUUUUGUGUGUUUGGGGGAGGGGAGGAAAUGGCGACGGCCGUGGCGUGCGCGGAGAGGGCGACGAACGACAUGCUGAUCGGGCCGGACUGGGCCGUCAACAUCGAGCUCUGCGACAUCAUCAACAUGGAUCCCGGACAAGCAAAGGAUACACUCAAGCUCCUAAAGAAACGCCUUGGAAACAAGAAUUUAAAAGUGCAAAUUCUGACACUUUAUGUGUUAGAGACUCUAAGCAAAAACUGUGGGGACGUUGUUUACCAGCAAAUCAUUGAGCGAGACAUAUUAAGUGAAAUGGUUAAGAUAGUAAAGAAAAAGCCAGAUUUAAAUGUUCGGGAGAAAAUAUUGAGUUUGAUUGACACAUGGCAAGUGGCUUUUGGAGGUCCAUCUGGUAGAUAUCCCCAGUAUCAUGCUGCUUACCAAGAACUCAGGAAUGCUGGUGUUGAUUUUCCACCUCGAGAGGAAAACACAGUUCCGCUGUUUACACCUCCUCAAACUCAACCAUUGAGGCAACCACAUCUAUAUCCACCACCAGGUCAAAGCUAUGAAGAUGCAGCCAUACAAGCUUCUCUUCAAUCUAGUGCCCCUCCUGCACCUGCCUUAAGUCUAAGUGAGAUUCAGAGUGCUCGAGGAAUUGUGGAUGUGCUGGAUGAGAUGCUAAAUGCAUUGGACCACAGACACCCUGAGGGUGUGAGGGAGGAGGUCAUUGUUGACCUUGUUGGGCAGUGCCGAUCUUAUCAAAAUCGAGUCAUGGACCUUGUUAGCAAUACAGGUGAUGAGAGCCUUCUAUUUCAGGCUCUUGGUUUAAAUGAUGAAUUGCAGCGUGUUCUUCAGCGGCAUGAUGACAUAGCAAAGGGAGUUCCUCCUGGUACAGGGGCACCAGUUCCUACUGCUGCUAAUGUAAACCGAGGAACAGCCCCUCCUAGGCCUACUGGAGUUGCAUUUUCCCCACUUCUUAAUGUACAUCAUGAAGACGAUGAACCAGAAGAUGAAUUCUCCGUGCUUUCUCGCAGGUCUGCAAGGGAUGGCACAGCUGCACAGGGUAAUCUGCUUUCUGCUCCAAAAAGUGAAAGGCCAUACCCAAGCCCACUUCUUCCGCCACCACCAUCAUCAAAGAGGCCAGUUUACACAGAGCCAAGCAAUGUUGACUAUCUUAGCGGUGACUCCUACAAGACAGAAAAAGUAUCAGAUGACUUUAUUAACCCAACUGCCCCAGCCAAUAUACCUGCACCAUCCCACUCAAAAACAGAAACAAAUCUACCGCUAAGUUACGAUAGCCGAUCAGAAAAUGUGUCUGAUGACUUCAUAAACCCAACAGCAGUACCCAGCUUCUCUAUGCCUUCUCGUACUAUGAGUGAGUCAAAUCGUCCAUCUGUCAAGAGGCAGGAGAGUCUACCUGAUGAUGAUGAUUUUAUAAAUCCAACAGCUCUGCCUAGUUUUUCUUCAUCUUCAAAUGCUAACAAGUAUGGAGAUUCAGGUGAAGAUCUUCCAAAAGCUCCGUGGGAACCAACACCUCCAACCUCCUUACCUCCCCCUCCAGCAAGGUAUGGCCAAAGGCAACAGUUCUUUGAGCAACAGCACAGCCUUCCUAGUGGUAACAAUGGAGGCGGGUACAACGGACUUGUGAGCCAAACAGAAGGCCUCUCUCUUAAUCAGAGGAAUACUGACAAUGAAAGAGGUGCAUCAGUUCCAACUGCAUCACGGCAGACCAAACCUGAGGAUUCUCUUUUCAAGGAUCUUGUCGAUUUUGCUAAGAACAAGCCAUCUUCCCCGUCUAAACCAGCCAACAGCCGCAGGACUCGCUGACUAAUGGGUGCUAGGGAAGCACUUUGAGUUGCCAAGCUAAUUGGCAUUACAGGUUUAGCGGCUUUAGAGAUAUAUACCUCAAAUAAGAGUUUCAGUCUGGCUUUCAUUACCUUUGGGAAUUAUUUUGGAUGUGCAAUGUGUUGUGCAUUCGACAGUUAGAAUUCAGAGAUAUCAGAUACACUCAGUCAUGAUCAUCCUGGGUGUGUGUUUGUGUAGCAGGAUGUCUUAUUACCUUUUGCCAUAUUUUUUCCCCUUUUCCAGCUUCCUGUUCCCAUUUUCAUUUGCUGUAUAUAUUACUCCAUUUGACAGCAAUAUUCAUAGUUCAGGUUGCAAUUUGAAGUCAGUGAUUACUUACUGUUUGUUUCAGUGUGGUAAAACUGUUAAAAUGGCCAGGGAAAAAUCAGUAAGCUUUAU